AAUCACGAGUCUUGUACUUUUAGUUGAUUUAAGAAAAAACUAGGUAUUCACAUUUUGUUUCUCUGUUUUCUUGUAUUCUUCCACACACCUUCUCUAUCUUUGUCUAUGGACUCGAAUCAAACCCAGUGGGGUUCCACGGCAUGGCAUCUUCUAUCUCUGGUUCGUGCUCAAACCCCUCUCAUCCAAUGCAUCACCAACUUCGUCUCCAUGGACAUCGUCGCCAACACGCUCCUUUCCGCCGGCGCCUCCCCCGCCAUGCUCCACGCCGUCGAGGAGCUCCGUGAUUUCACACCCGGCGUCCACGCCCUCUACGUCAACGUCGGCACUCUCUCCCCCUCCUGGCUUCCCGCCAUGACCACCGCCGCCCAAAUCUGCAACACGCACCGCACGCCCUGGGUCCUGGACCCCGUCGCCGCCAACGCCUCUGCCUUCCGCUUCGAAGCCUGCCGGGAACUGCUCCGUCUCAAGCCCACCGUCGUCAGAGGAAACGCCUCUGAGAUCAUCGCGCUCUCACUCGAUUCCGCGGAACCCAACUCUAGCGCUUCCAAGGGUGUGGACAGUGUUCACGAGUCAACGACUGCAGUUGAAGCAGCAAAGCUCUUAGCUCGGACAAGUGGUGCCAUAGUUGCAGUGUCAGGAGCCACCGACAUUGUGACGGAUGGAAAUCGAGUUGUUGGUGCUCACAAUGGGGUGGCCAUGAUGCAGAAAGUAACAGCAACUGGGUGUUCAGUCACUGCACUGAUUGCUGCCUUUGUUGCUGUUGACAAAACCCAUGCUUUGGAUGCGGCAGUGUCAGCAUUAGCAGUAUUUGGCGUUGCUGCUGAGCUAGGAAUGAAGAUGGCCAAAGGUCCAGCAUCGUUGCGAAUGCACUUGAUCGAUGCACUCUAUGGACUUGAUGAAGCUGCCUUGCAUUCUCAUGUUAAUAUCACCAGUCUGUGUUGAAAAUAUGAAGAUCCUGCAUGCCAAUUGGUAACAUUUGCAUUGGUAGACUAGUGUAUGCAUAUAUGAACUAAUAAGUGACAUUUUCUUCCAUUUCACGAUUCAUAUGCAGUAACUCUCUUUCAUUGUCUGAAUUUUUCUUGAUUAUCUUUCAUCAUGCUUUGCUUUUUUUUCUUUGCAGCU